AUGGAAUCUCAAUACCCCCAACCUUUAGCAUUGACCAAUAAUUCCUUCCCUCCACCCGGUGCAACAAAUUCCACAAUUACAGAGAUCCUCAACAGAUUCUGUCGCUCCAUCAGCUUCCCAAUCCGCAUCUUGGGGUGUUCUGUGAAAGAAGGGGGGAACAAUACCAUCAUACUCUGCUACGCAGUGUUCGCCAGCCCCACACACGCUACACCACCUUCUCCAAUUUCCUGCAUUCUGCGAAUCGGAAAAUUACGAUGGAACCUUCACGACUACAUUGAUCCAGGAAUUCUAGAAAUGGCUGCAUUUCAUCACGUCAUGGGAAAAGUAUCACCACUCAUCCCUGCCGUCUACGCCUGGGACGCAACAUGUUUGAAUAUGCUCGGAUGUCCUUAUGUCAUCCAACCACUUAUCGCUGGUCAAGAUUUGCAGACCCUAUACACACCAAUUGGUGGCUUGCGCGAUACGAUCCAAACGCGAAUUAACUUCGCUUACGAAGUCGCGGGGUGUAUCAAACACAUGGAAAGUUUUCGAUUCGAAAACUACGGCACUCUCGCAAUCUCCACACGAAUGCCAGCAAAGUGUUCCGAUCCAAGCUCUCCCCUUAUUUCCGAUCUCAUUGGGUUUUCGCCAAUGCCCUGGACUGCGAAUUCGUUCAUGAGACAAGAUUCGAAGAUCGGACAUUUUCUCAUCGAUAUCUUGACUUCGCAGUUGAAUGAUGCAAGAAGACCACUGGCAGAGGAGAGACACGAUAUUCUUGUUUCAAUGGCGUAUGGAUUGAAUGAAUUUGAAUUAACUCGUGGGCUGGAACAGAAUCCCGAGCCAGCUGUACUUUGGCAUCCUGAUUUUUGGCCAAGAAAUAUCAUGAUGGGGAAGAAUGAGCAAGAUGUUCAAAUCACUGGGGUUAUUGAUUGGGAUGGUGUCAUGAUUGUUCCGAGAAUCAUGACCCGUCGACCUCCUGUAUUUUUGUGGGAUGAAGGGGAUGAUUUGUCGGUAUUUGAGAGAAAUGCAAUAAAAUACCAAUUUGAUCAGAGGAUCGAACAAUUGUUGCCUGGGUAUUGUUCAGAUGCAUAUUCUGAUUGGGGUAAUAUGACUAGAGCGAUCGCGAUCUACGCUUUGAAGGGCGUUGACUGGAAUUAUUGCGAGCUUUCUUUUGGUGUAUUAUUGGAUCUGUGGAAUGAAUUUGUGGAAAAUGCACAAGCAGAACCAUAA